GAUAAACUCAUAAAUCUCAUUUUGUAACUCAAUACAGAAGCAACUCUCUCCAUCUAAAUACAAACUUUUAGAUUAAGGCAAAGUGAAGCAAAAUGGGCGGUGCUGAUGGAAAGGUGUUCACUUUGGCUCAAGUCUCUGAGCACAACGAGCGCAAAGACUGUUGGCUCAUCAUCAAUGGUUUAUGACAUGACAAAGUUUUUGGAAGACCACCCUGGUGGUGAUGAAGUGUUAUUAUCAGCAACAGGGAAGGAUGCCACUGGUGAUUUCGAGGAUGUUGGCCAUAGCGAUAGUGCCAGAGACAUGAUGGAUCAAUUCUGUGUCGGAGAGAUCGAUGUCUCGACCAUCCCGAAGAAGACCAAACAUAAACCCUCAACACAGUCUCACUAUAAUCAGGACAAGACAUCUGAGUUCAUUGUCAAGCUCCUUCAGUUCUUGGUUCCCCUCGCCAUCCUGGGUUUGGCGGUCGGAAUCCCCAUCUACACGAAAUCGUUUUAAGAUCCCGUUAUGUUCCCAUCUAUGGUAAUCAUUGAAACUGAUUGUUUUCUGUGUUGUGUAAUCCAUGGUUGCUAGAGGUAAUGGAUGCUGUUUGAAACUCUUUUACUUUUA